CUGACCAUCGUGAUGCUCAUAUUUAUAAUGUAGCUGGGUUAGCUCAUCAUCGACUGAUCCAUCACUUAGGCAGCGUCAACCAAGCAGUUCUUGUCUCAGGAGAAAGUGGAGCAGGAAAGACUGAAUCAGCUCGAUAUAUGUUAGGUUAUUUGACCCACAUUGAGGUUAAUUAUCAGUCAUUACCAAGAUCACCUUUAAAAGGUGUAUGGAAAGACAAGGAGCCACAGGAUAUCCAGGAAAGGAUCCUUGCCUCUAAUCCAAUUCUUGAAGCCUUUGGGAAUGCAGCCACCUUGCGUAACCACAACUCUAGCAGAUUUGGGAAGCUCAUUCGGCUACAGUAUGGUGGUCGACAACUGAGAGGAGCAGAAAUCGACACCUACCUUUUAGAAAAAACUAGAGUUACAUGUCAGCCUGAUAAGGAACGCAACUUUCACAUAUUUUACCAGUUGUUAGCUGUUAUGAAAACCAAGAAGGUCGAAGGUCUGCUGAUAAGAGAGGGUGAUACCUUUGUUAUUGCACCAGGUGACAUAACAAAAAAUGACCUGUCCAAUUUUGAAAAUACCUUAUUGGCAUUUCAACACCUGAAGUUUUCGAUUGAUCAUCAGAUGCAAAUAUUUAAGGUUGUAGCAGCUUUGCUGCAUUUGGGAAACAUUACGUUUGUUGAAGAUGAAGCUACUCAUAGUGUUUGGACAGUUAACACAAAAAGUGAAGAUUGUACAAGGAGUUUGGAGGCAGCGUGUGAAUUGCUAGGCCUAGAAAGAGAAAAUUUAAUUAACACACUAACCAUUCAUACCAUAAGCGUUGGAACAGCAAGAAAGGUUAGUGUGUUCCACAAACCAUGUGAGCGUGAGGCCCAGUGUACUGAACGUCGUGAUGCUCUUAUGCAGCUUAUAUACUAUUCUCUCUUUCUUCACAUUGUAUCGUAUAUAAAUAAGCAAAUCAGUGCAGAAAGAAAUCUAUGGUCCAACUUUUUGGGUAUAUUAGAUGUUUAUGGCUUUGAAACCUUUGAACAAAAUAGUCUUGAGCAGCUUUGUAUUAAUUAUACAAAUGAGAGGUUACAACAAGAAUUUAUCCGAAGGUAUCUGGCAACUGAACACCAAGUCUUGAAAGAAGAAGGAUUCUUGGGAGUGGAUAUUAAUUAUACUGACAACUCAAGAUGUGUUUUGGCUUUGGAUUCUCCAAUAUCAGUUUUUGCUAUCCUGAAUGAGGAAUGCCAGUUGAAGCGUGCUGUAAAAGAGGAUGAGGCAUGUGAUCGAGUUUGCAAAGCUCUUGAGGAUACUGGCAUUGUGAGUCCUCCAGUGUCUCCCCGGCAUACACCUGGAUUUGUAAUUAGGCAUUAUGCCGGUCCUGUUAAGUAUGAUGCAGAUGGUUUACUACACAAAAACAAAGAUGAGGUGCCACUAGAAGUGACGGGGUUGUUAGCAGCAAGUACAGAAGAUUUUGUAGGAAAUUUAAUUACUUAUACCACCGACAUGAACUUUGAUACUGCAAGUGGCAGACGCACAACUCGUAAAAUAACAACUCUCUCAAAGUUCAAGGCAUCAUUGGAUAACCUGAUGAAGACUUUAUCAGCAUGUGACUUACAUUAUGUUCGUUGUAUUAAACCCAACCCUUAUUCACUCACUGGGGAACCAGAUGGUCAGUAUCUCUUGGAACAGUUGAAAGCUUGUGGUGUUAUUGAGACUGUGUCCAUUAGUCAAGCUGGAUAUCCUGCUAGGGUAUCUUAUGAAGAAUUUGUGAUGCGUUAUGGGAAAGCUACUGAGGAUUUGGUGACGAGUGCUAAGGAAGUUGCUACAGAAGUUCUUGGUACACCAGAUGGUAUUAUAGAUGUGGAAAAAUGCAGGUUUGGUCGUACACGUGUCUUCCUUUCGGAAAGUGCUUUACAUACCUUGGAACAUGUUCGAGAGGCAAAAAGAAAUAGUGCUGCUACUUGUCUUCAGAAAAACUGGCGGACACACUGUUGCGUCAAGAAGUACAAUACUAUCCUAUCUGCGAUUGUAGUACUUCAGAAUCAAGGGAAAGCAUGGCUGGCACGACAGAGAUUUGUUAAAUUGAAAAGUUCAUGUGUUGUGAUUCAGAAAAAUACUCGCAAGAUGAUUGCAGCUAAAAGAUAUAAGCGCAUUUGCUGUGCAGCUAUAAUUAUUCAGAAAUACUUUAGGGGGUGGAAAGCUCGCAAAAGAUACAGAAUGUUGGUGCAGCAAAAUACUGUUCGGCCAUAUUCUAGGCAGUCUGUAGUCUCCAUGAAUAGUUUAGGUUACUUCAGUCUGACAGCAUCAAAUUCUGUAUACAGUUUAAAUCCAUCGCUUCAUGAUGUUAGUCCUAUGGGUGCUUCAUUUUGUGAUCUUGGACCUGUAGGCUACAAUGAGGCAUUGAGAGGAUAUCUUUCUCCAGAACAUCAACAGAGGCUGUUGGAAACAGAAGAAUCUGGCAUAGAAACAGAUACAGAAAGUAUCAAUGGUGAUGACAACAAAACUGUGAAGAGAAAAUCAAAUAAAUUACGCCGGAAAGCUAAGUUACGUAGAUUACUGGAGGCUAAGGGUAAUUCUAGUUUUGCUCAAACAGCAAGUGAUGAUUCACUUGAUGACUCUGUAGGCAAUCAUAUAAGUCAGAGCUCUGGUGUGGAAAGUUCUGGCUGUCAGCCUGAUAGUUUGUCUAGAGUGAAACAUGGAGGAAUUGAGAGGUUAGAUAUUUUGUCAAGAGCUUCCAAUGCAACUAAUGUGCCAUUCAGUAAUAGAGAUCCUGACGACAGAGUGGGGAGUGCUGUAGAUAAUGGCCUCGUCCCAAAAGUGCGAGUUGCUACAAUGCAUAAUGUACAUGAUGUCUCUACCCUUCUGAAAGACUAUACUCCUAAUGAGAAUUUGCAUAUGGUUCUUCCUAAACAAAAUCUUUCUUUGUUCUUCAAAGAUGGAGUUCUCUCAUAUAGACGGAUGCCUGUGGUUGGCAUUAAAUUCCACACUCGCCCUACAUGCCUGCCAUUCUCAUAUAAUUUACCGUAUCAUGAACGUCCACAUGGUUUGUUAGAUAUAUUACACUGAGGUUUAUAUUAUUAUAAGACUAUUUUUUUUUAUUUUAGGCAAUGAAGACUACCUUUUCCAUUAUUUAGGGAUACAAAAGAAAAGGUUUAGUUUUGGGGCCUUUUUUUGACAGCAGCGGUGCUGCUUGAAGGAAUUUUUUAUUUUUUUUUUUAUUUUCAUUAACUUGUAUGCAUUAAAUGCAGCAAAGGACAGCACUUCAACUAAGCAUUAAGGUAAUUGUUUUGGUGCCAUUUUCAUCAUGAAGCAUUUGUGUAAAAAACAGAUGUCAUAGCCUUUGGUAAACAUACUUGAAUUUCUUUGAGACAUUAGCCAUUUGUUUUAUUUUUAUGGUCAAGUUGUACCUUGUUUGUCAGUAGCAGUCUUACAACAUUAAAUUUGAAAGUUUAUCAGUAUAAAUCAGUACAGCUGUUAAGUAUUUAACUUUCUGAGAUAGUAUUAUUGUGACUUGUAUAAAAAUAUUUGAUCCACUGCAUUAUGUAAUUGGUAAAUUAUUGGGGUGCUUCAUAUUUUUGAAUACCUGUACAAAUGUCCAUAUUAGUUUGGUGUUGUAGAGCUCGCCCUACAUGAUGGUUGUAGACAAUGCCUUAUUUUGUCAUGUGUAACUUUACUAUUUUAUGUAAACCUGCACAUGCUUUCAUUUUGUCUGCUAGUAGGUGCACUUUCAUAGAUUAAUUUGAAAGUGCAAGAGCUCGCUCUCUCUUGCAUCAUAUCAGAAAAGUUAGACUAAAACAUAUCAUGAUCCAUAGUUUGAGGGGAAUUGUUGCUCUCAUCUUGCUCAGAACUCUUGGUUCGUAUUGACUUAUGAACACUGAAGUAUUACUACUCUUGAAUAUGAUUUGUAUAUUUUUAUAUAUCCUCUGAUUCAAACUAAAACUAGAGAGUACCACAGAAAUUUUGUGUGUGCUAAUUACAGGUUCUUAGCAAUAUUAUGACAUUUUCAUAUAUGCAUUCAGGAAUUUUACCACUGUACAUGUGUUGUUGGUAUGUAGGUACGUACUAGUUUCUUUGUUUGCUUAUUUCUCUCUUUUCAUCUCAAAUUACUGGUGAGACUUACCAAGUAUUAUGUAUCAUUUUACUGCCUUUGGAACUCUUUUGUUUAAAUAUAUAGUAUUUGGAUGUGUGCAGAGUGGACAAGAUCAGGCGCAUUCAGUUGGCAUGGAAUUCAGAAGCACAACACUUUCGUGUGUAAAGUUUUGUAUUUUUGCUAUUUCAUGCCAUUUUUAAUUGUUCUUACAGCCUUGUUUAGCUUAUAUUUACAAGUAAAAUAAGUUAUUCAGUGCGAAGCUGUUGGUGUGUAUUUGGAGGUAUACUUCACAUGUUAUGUUACACAAGGACUGUAAAAAAAUAUCUAUAUUAUUCCUUUAAUGUUAUUACCAGGGAGAAAGUUGGAAAGUAAUGGAUAAAUUGGUAUCAUGUUUUGUCAUAGAGAAAUUAUUUCAACAUUUUGAUAAAGAAAUAUAACGAAAACCAAAUGGUUUUGUAAAUGCAAAUUUUGUUCAUUUGUUAUUAAUUUUCUUCUCAGCAUUUGAACUACUACAUUUAAUUUCACAUCUUUAAAAGAAUUAUGCCCAUUUUUUGGUAUGGUGAAGAUUUGUUGCAGCUAUAGGCAGAUUGAAGAGAGGUUUUAUUUAGGCAAUGUUAAACAGUAUUAAGAAAUCAGAUACAGAAUUAAUACUAAUGCUUUUUUAAGAAAAAAGAUAUGGUCUCUUAUAUUUGUUACAGAUUCAGAUGUGUUUUCUGUCACAUUAAGCAGUUUACAGUGACAGUAAUCAAACUUGCACUAGUAAAUGAAAUCAUCAUAGAAUAUAUUCCAUAUAUUGUUUAAUCAAAUGUUAUUCAGCCAAACAAGAAGCUUUAAUUUAAGUAAGUAGAAGUUGAUUUUUCUUAAAUACUUGGGUAUUACGACUUUGAAAUCAGUAUCAGUACUAAUAUAUUUCAGUUUGCUGUAUGAUUUCAUUAGUACAAUUUUUCUUGAUGAAUCAUUAGUAAAGGUGUGAGUACUUAGUAUCAAGGUGGUUUCAAACAUAAGUCCAAGAAUGAAGUGCUAAUAGAGAUGUUUUCUCCAAAUAUGGUGUCUUAUUUUGGUAAUGACAACUUCUUACAGUCCACAACUUUACGUCCUUUUAUACAUUGAAAAGGCCACUUCUUACAGUUCACAAUUUUGUCCUUUUGUACAUUGAAAAGACCUCUUUUAAUUUUGUCAUUCACUUGUACUACUUGUAAUAAUUCCUAGACAUUUAGACAUUUCACAGUAUCAUGAAAUUUAUGGCAAACUCAGUAUCUAAUUACUUUUAAAUUUUAAGUAUUGCAGAUUUUGAUACCUUUUGAUUUCAAUUUACAUUCCUUUUAAUAAUGUAGAGAUCAAAUAAAAUAUAUUCUGUGGUAAGUUACGCACUAUUUUUUAACAUUUAGGAAAGUGAAAAUUUCAAAGUUUGCUACUUGAAAACCUUACAUAGAAUAGGGGUUUAGGUUAUGAUAAGGCUCCCAGAAUGAAUUAUAUAUGGAAAAUUUGGGAUUUCAGAGCCAAGUAAAUGUACUUGUGGCAUGAUAUUGUAUUUUUAAAAUUUUAAUUGUUAUGCACUGGAAAGCCAGUUAUUGCUUGGCCACCAGAAUUUGAAGUCAUGAAUGCAGCUGUGUUCAAAAUUAGUACCCUGUCAUAUAUUCUAGUAUCAACUUGAAAGUAAUAAGAAGUGCAACUCAAGCAGUGGGUAGUGUUAGGGGACUUGUGAUUUUAUUUCUUGAAGCUGAAAUAUACAGGUACUGUAUAGGGAUUUCUCAUGAUUAACAAAUGUUUUCGUUUUAUAGCAAGAAAAUAAUACAGUGAAGGCACUGCAUUAAUGUACUUCAAUAGAAAAUGUUAGUAUACUAGUGCUAAAUGGUUUUGCUGCUGUGUUGUUACCAAUACACUCGCAAAACCAUUUAGCGCUGCAGUGUGACAUUUUGCAUUUUCUCUUGGUGUUUGAACUUUAUAUUUUAAUAAUAGACACAUGUACCCCAGAUUCAGGAAAAUUUUGUUUCUCAAAAGUAAAUUUCCAGUCAAGGUUGAAAGAUAUCUGAAUUUUUAAAUGAAGUUUGCUUAAAGAAAUGUUCAUGAAAAGAUCUGGUUUAGGGACCCAGUGUCCUUGAUCUGCUAAUAAUCAUACUUGGAGAUCAACUUAAAUUUUAAUAAUAAAUUAAUUUCAUAAUUUUUGUUGCAUUCAUAUUUUCUUUGGUAAUUUUAUAUUUUUUCAACUCUUUUAACAAUGCAAUUUUUCUUACUAUUUCAAUUCUAAAUUCAGCUACUUUAAAAGUGCUCUUUCUAACCACACCUGCAUUUUUAAUAGUAAGAUAUACUUGUUCACAGUUUUUUCUGCUAUUAUCCUUCUUUCCAGAAAUGCUUAAAAUUUUUUCUCAUGCUUUCCAAUUAUUUCAUCCUUAGCCUCUCUUCCCUUUCCUUGUACUUGACAUUUUUUUUCCAUUUCUAAGUAGUACCUUAAAAUAUUCCAGUGUUUUCUACCAUUUGAGGCAUUCAGCAUUAUAAGGCUCACCACCAAAAUAUAUUUUGAGUUAUGAGCCAUCAAAGUUUUGGAACUUCAACCUGCUCUAAUUUCUUUAUUUUUCACGAUACAAAGUUGAAAUUUAUGAGAGGAAGUAUUUGCGAUCAGACAUAUAAUAGUAUGUAUAAAAAAAUUAGAGUUCAACCCCACAGCUAUUACCUACAGAAUCACUAGCAUGUCCUGGCAUAAUGAAUGCACAAAAAUAUGGAAGCUGCAAAUUUACAAAAUAAUAAGUAAAAAUAGCAGCUGCAAUCACAUGAUUUGUUUAUAAUCCUUGCGGAAGGCUGAAACUUUGGGCGUUCGGUACCAGGCUGGCAUUCCCAGGAGCUGAGUGGUGAAAGGCCAUUCUGUUUUACAAACCUCCACUCGAUUGCAUCUCCUGGCCAGACAGCUGAAAAUCAUACUCAUUAUAGAGAAUUAUUUACCCUAGGUUUUUAUAUGGAAAUGGCCUCUUGCACCUUUCCAUAUGAGAAAAAUAGAUAUGUUGGGAAGCUGUUCAGGCGAAAAAAGCCAUUUUCAAGUCGUGGCGAGAGGCCCUUCUAAUGCUGAAAGUCUCAUUUUUACAAAUACCCUUUCUGCUUUGGUAAUCUCACAUCCUUCCUGUAAGAACUGUGUUACUGAUAUUCAUGCAAUUUUAUUCAUUCUUCCUCUUCAGUUAAAUAAAACUGUUAUUAUUGAAGUUAUUUUGUAAUUUUUAUCUUUAUAAUUUUUGUACUUAUGUUACACAGAUUAUUCAAUAUUACUAUUUAUGAUUUGUUUGUUGUGAAAGCUGUUUUUUCAUCACACUUUUUCUGGUGCUGCAUUAUCGUUAACUGUAUUCUCAUUAUUCACAACUUAUAAAACUCUUACUGCCUUGAUAAUUACUGUUUCACAAUUUUUCUCAAUUCUUUACCAUCAUUCUUCUUGAUCACCUGCCAUAUGGUUAGCAGGUGCUAAUUGUAAGUAACUAUGUGGAACUCUUUUUUUUCUAAAUAACACUGUAGCAGCUGUUGGUAAUAGUUCAGUGUGUUUUUCCAGUGAGUAGGCUUGGUGCAUACUGAUAAUUAGGUAGUGAAUAACUAGUUGGUGCUUUAGUUAUACUAUGAAUGAAGAGUAAGUUUGGCUGUCCUUACAUCUUACUGCAGUUUUGGUUCUUAAGUAUUUUGAAUUAGUAUUAUUUAGGACUUAAGCUCUUUAGCAUUAAUAAGUGGUAAUAUUUUCACAGUAUAGACUUCUUUCAUUGGUUUUGUCUCAUGCCUUCACUUGUAUAUCUCGGUUGCAAUGUUGUCCUUUCUGUAAUUGUUCGUUGGCUUGGCAAUGCUCUGCAGAUUUUACAGAUAAUGGCUUGUAAUGACUGUCAGAUUGGCUUUCUGAUAUUUAUACUACCAUUCAUGCAUAUUUUGCAUUCGAAUGGCUCUUCUAUGUACGUAUGUGCAAUUUUAAUGUACCUGUACCUCAUUGAAAGUGUAGCAAAGUAAACCCUGUCAUAUAUUCAUGUCAUCUCUAUAAAGGGACCAAUGUCUGUUCUCUUGACAGCUGCCAAGGGCAGGUGUACUCUCCCCCACCACUCGUGUGUGAUGUGCUACUACUGUAGCACUUCUUCAAGAGGAGUGUGCAAAAAAGAUGGUGCAGUGAAAGGGGUGUGAUCAACUUAUGAUCUGUAUAAAUGGAGCUAAAACAACACUGGAGUAGGAGCUUCUGUAGUCGCUUUCCCUCACAGCUGCCAACACCAAUUGCGGGGUCUCCAUCUUGAACUUCGUCUUCCUGAUGAAAUUAUUCAAGGUGAAUAAGUCGAUCACAGGUCUCCAACCCCCUGACGCCUUGGGCACCAAGAUGUGAUUGAAAAAACCCCGGGGACGGACGCACCACUUCCUCUAUUGCAUCCUUGUCCAGCAUCUUCUGCACUUCCUCCUGGAGAGCCAAGAACUUCAGAGAAUCUGGGGGAUACACCCACCUGAGCAGAGGUUUGUCCGAGAGUGGGUGAGAGAAGUUGAAUGGCAGUAGAUACCCAACCCGGAGGUCAUGCCCCAUAACUGUCACUUGGCCCACUGGCCUGCCAGGCAACCCCCCCUACCCAUGGCAAAGGAGGGGGAGAGGUGCCUAACCUAUCAACGACCCCCGUAUUUCUGCCCCUGGAGCCCCUUCUUGACCUAAAAGAGCGGGAGCAAACGGGACAUUGUUCCUCUGACCUAGACUGGGACGAACGGGAAGGCCCUGCCGAAACCAAGCCGAAACCAAACUUCUACACAGCCUACCAGGCGAUGAUCUCCAUGACUAUUGCUGGGCAGGGGGAGGAGGAGGGGCCGGACGUCUCCGAGAAUGAAACUGUAACUUUAACACAGCCUGGUGCACUAACCUGUCCUUCGUGUCAGCCUGGCGAGGGAACAGAAACUGAGAUUAUAAAAGGUCUCCAUUCCUCAACACCAACAAAGACCCAGGGUCAACCGAUCUUGCUAUCCUGAACAAAGCCACAUCUCUUCUGAUCAGGAGAAGAUUAGCCCACAAACUGAAGCUCAGGUGUGCGAGAUACGAGAACGCCUUGCCCCCAGACUGCAACAAACUUGCAAGAGAAGAAGCACUCACCAACCCCUUUUGGGGACCUGUCAUGGAGGCUGCCAUAGACUCCAAAGCUAAGGCAACCUGUGGAGUCAAGGACUGUGCCACCAACCUCACCUGCUCCAAAGUCAACCCUGGCUUCAGACAAAGGACGUCCGAAUUAAGAUGACAAGCCAUUAAGUAGGCAAAUUUUGUAGCAUAAUACUUCCUAUGCCUCGUGAGUGGAGGGGGAAGCAACUUGGAAGAACCCCUUGAGUGAAGAGACCUGUCCUGAUCUGACACAGAGGCGUUCACCUUAUGCAAGACCGACUGGACAUGCCCCGAUAAGGAAAGUUGAAACGAUGACUUGGGAUCUUGCGUAGCCCCAGCAAGACUUCCAAGCAGGGACUAUUAAUAAAAAUAUGUUGGAUUCCAGCACAUGUUGGAAUUGAAGGAAACAGAAAAGCAGAUACAGCUGCCAAAUUAGCUUGCACUAUUCCAUCAACAAUGACACAUGCCCCAGUAUCAGUCUGGAUAACCUCAAUUAAGCCUUUAAUAUAUCAAGACUGGCAAACAGAUUGGACAUCAGUGCCAACUACAAACAAACUGAGAAAUAUAAAAAGUGAAGUUCAUUCAUGGAUGUCAUCAUCUCAAAAAAGAAAGAGCCAAAGAAGUUGUAUUAACAAGACUACGUAUAGGCCAUACUAGAUUUUCACAAGAGUGGUAGUGUUCCAGAGUCUCUCAACUGGGAUUUUUUCCUGAUCUUGAAGAGUGUUGUUGUAGGAUUCCCGAGACACUCUACUAGGAUUAUUGCCUGGUCUUGAAGAGUGAUUCUGUAGGGUUCCUGAGUCUCUCAACUGAGAUCAUUCCUUGGUCAUGAAGAGUGGCUUUGUAAGGUUCCUGAGUCUAUCAAGAGGGAUCAUUUCCCGGUUAUGAAGUGUGGUUUUGUAGGGUUCUGAGUCUGUCAAGUGGGAAUCAUAGCCUGGUCUUUAAGAGUAUUUUUGUAAGGUUCCCGAGUCUUUUAACUGGGAUCUUUCCCUGGACUUGAAGACUGGUUUUUUAGGGUUCCUGAGUCUCAACUGGGAUCAUUCCCUGGUUAUGAAGAUUGGUUUUGUAGCAAUCUUGAACCUCUUAACUGGGGUUUUUUUAUUGGUCUUAGAGUCUUAUCAUGCAUUCUUAAGAAGUCUUAAUGCUGUUACUUCCACCUUAGAUGGUUUUUCAUAGCAUUUCCAUUGCCAAGACAGGUCAGGGGAUUCAUUCUCGUUCUUUCAUUUUCAGCUCCAGGGUGCCAGGACCAUCCUGCAGAACCCUUUAGUAGCAUCCCUUCCCUUGUCUGGCAUCCAUUGCUAGUAAUUUAGAAGACCAUCAUAUGUUUGUCAUAUUGUUACUCCUUACAUCUCAUAUUGUUACUACUUACAUCAUUUGUAUGUACUCUAUUAACAUCCUACAGCAUGUUAUCUCUUUCAUGAAUGAGUUACAGUCCUUAUGGUAUUACAAAACAGUUUCCUUACUGUACACUAUACUUAAUGUUCUAGAACACCUUAAUCUGCACUCUUCUAUAGAAGUAUCAGUUAUGAGGUCAAUUAACCCUUAAUGGACGGAUAAAUAUAUUGAUAUGUUGCUCCUCAGGCCGGGUAAACUUUGAGGUCGGACAAUUUACAAAACAAAGAACACAUCAAUGAAAAGAUGAAGAUAUGCAAAUGUACAUGGUGAAAAAAAUUUUUUUCCCUACCUUCCACGAGGAGUUGAAAAGGACUACGUAUUUACAAACCCUUGUUGGGCCAAUUUUACAAGACAGUUCUAAAUUUGACCAACUGAUAUAGGUUUUUUCAAAUAAAUAAAUUAUUUUAUUUUGUAAAAUUAUAAUUACUACUGCUCACAUCAAAACAAAUAACAAAUAAAAGCAGUAACACAUUCUUAGCAUAUGUGUUUAAAAAUAUUUAUGUAAGUUUACCGAGAACAAAGAUUCAGUAACUUUUUUAUUUUAUGUUUUUUCUAAUAUUUCUUUGCAAUUUUCUUUGUAAAAUUACAUUUACAACUGACGUACUAUCGUAAAAAGACAAGAACAAAAAACAGCAGCAACACCUUGGUAUAUUUAUGAGCAAAUUUACAAAGACGUCAUGUGAGAGACGCAGAACAUUCCCCUCUUCAAGUCACAAGCACUACUGAAGUCCUGAGAUGCCCACACUUGUGAUCUUAGUCAGUAAAAUAGUUUCCAUAAGUGAAUUUAUGGGCUAUAAAAGUAUUGGCGCCUCUUUCCCACCAGAUUCUUUCCAAAUUGAUGGUGCGUAAUAUUGUUUAUCUACAGGAUCAAUCCAGCCACCACCCCAAACCUG